AGAGCUUCGUGUAGUCGUCAUUGAAUGGUGCUACGUCCACCUCAUUCCGAAAGUGGCGAACACCACAUCAGCAUCACGGCCAGCUGCUCGCGACAUCGAGGCCUUCAACUUUUUCGAACGAGAAACCUCCACAGUUUGUUGUUGAAGUGAAAUUUUUCCGUGAUACCGUCCGAGAAAUCCAUCAGUGACAUAUCUAGUGCCCAGGGAGACACGAAUAUUCAACCAUGGUAACUUCGAACGAGUCCUCGGUCGCGAAUCAGACACCCGGGGUAACAGGAGUAUCAGCGCUCAGCGCGCGAUGGGCUAAACUCCGAGCGGAUCCGGCGCUACAGAGAUCGGCCGCUCUCAGAGCACGAUUAGCGCGACGGGAGCGACGCAAUCGUCAGAGGAUCCUCCGCCUCCAGGAGUUCCAUCGACUUCGGUCCAUGGUACCCACGAUCGCGCAGACGCCCAACGUCGAUAAGGUGACCGUGAUCGAGGAAGCUAUCAAAUACAUUGACCACCUGCACGAGGCCCUGCGGAAUAAGUUUACUGAACGUGGUUUGCCCCCGUCUCUGCAAGGAAUGCCGAUUGACCUCGAGACAACUGACAUGCGUGAUGUGGUCAGACUUCUAGCGAACAACACCGAAAUCCGAUCGACCGGACGACCUCUGUCUCUGCCUCCUCCGGCGGAUUCAAUCCCGCAUCCCUGUGAGCGUCAACGGAACGUGCCCUCUUACCUCCUGAAGGCGAAAUCACUGAGGAAGCAAGAUAGAUAAAUAAACCAAUCUAGCUCCAAGUGCAAUACAUUCCAUAAAUGUACAUACAUAUACUGAGAUAAUGGCAUGAGAUAAAAGACCCAAAAACACGCAAUCCUAGUUUGUGAAAUCGUGCUUUCACUAGGGAACACGUAAACCAAUUUUAAGGAAUAAAUAUUGAUCAAUUCAAUUUUGA